AUGCCAUCGAGUGAUGACCACUACACGUCUUUCUUACAGGUAGACAUAAGAACUCUUCGGAAACCCCUAAGACAAUGGGAAUUAGACGAAGUUACCGCUUUUCUGCAAGGGAUCAUUACCGACGAUGAAAGAGAACUUUUUGUACAUAAUAACCUGACCGGCAGUCGGCUGAAAGACUUUUGCUGCAUGGAUUUUCUAGUACACGUGCUUCGAAUAAGCGAAUCCAGUGCCGCCAAGGUGACGAGCGUACUACGGCCAUAUCUGGACGAAAUGGAGGAUACUCACUGCAUUACUAGACGUGAAUACCGUUUCCUACCACGGAGACGACACAAAAACUCGACGCUUCUUAAAAACAGGAAAACCCGAGUGAUAUCGGUUGAAGAUCCGAGCCAUAACGACGCAUAA